GACAGAUUGGCUUCAUGCAAUACCCGCAGGCUUGUCAGUCAGAGAUUCCUGCCUCCCUCACCUUCAAGAUAGCAGCAGGGACCCAUCAGGAGCAGCAGAGUGAGCUAUACAGGGCUGUGCACGGUGCCAGAUAUCGCAGGACAGAGGGCAGGAGAAGGGAGGCAGCCAGGAUACUGCAAAGGUGGUUGGAAGGGGGGAGAUGAUAUAAAAAAAAAAAACAGAGAAGAUUUCAGGGAUAGAUGAAUAAUACAUUCCUAUAAAAGUCUACGGAUUGGCGGAGCGCUUGUCAAAGUGAGAAAGGGGCAGGGGAGAGAGAGGCGAGAAGACGAAUCAGAGGGUGCGAGGCUUGCUGAGCAGGGAGAGGGGGGAGAGAGGAGUGCUCAGGCAUUUGAACAUUUGAAAGAAGCAGAAACCGUUCUUCCCAUAACAGUAUCCCAGAAGAGGCGAUAAGGAUAACCGCCGGCGGUGCAAACGCGAAGACAACCGACCUCCUCUGCCUGUGUGUGUGUGACACCUCCACGCCACCAGCUGUUGAACAUCUCCAGGGGGUCGUCGCAGCGUGGUCCCGGCAUGGCUACCAUCACCUGCACGCGCUUCAGCGAGGAGUACCAGCUGUUCGAGGAACUGGGGAAGGGAGCUUUCUCCAUUGUCCGCAGAUGUGUGAAAGUUUUAUCUGGCCAGGAGUAUGCAGCAAAAAUCAUUAACACCAAGAAGCUUUCAGCUCGAGAUCACCAGAAGUUGGAGCGAGAAGCGCGAAUUUGUCGACUCCUGAAGCAUCCAAACAUAGUGAGACUACAUGACAGUAUCUCGGAGGAAGGACACCACUAUUUGGUGUUUGAUCUGGUCACCGGAGGAGAGCUGUUUGAGGAUAUUGUUGCCAGGGAAUAUUACAGUGAAGCAGAUGCCAGUCACUGCAUUCAGCAGAUAUUAGAGGCAGUACUGCAUUGUCACCAGAUGGGGGUGGUGCACAGGGAUCUGAAGCCAGAAAACCUCUUACUGGCCUCUAAGCUGAAAGGUGCGGCUGUAAAACUGGCGGACUUUGGGUUGGCGAUUGAGGUGGAAGGAGAGCAGCAGGCGUGGUUUGGAUUUGCUGGAACUCCAGGAUACCUCUCCCCAGAGGUGCUACGGAAAGAUCCUUAUGGAAAGGCUGUGGACCUGUGGGCUUGUGGAGUUAUUCUCUAUAUAUUGUUGGUCGGUUACCCGCCUUUCUGGGAUGAGGAUCAGCAUCGGCUGUAUCAGCAAAUCAAGGCUGGAGCUUAUGAUUUUCCUUCCCCCGAGUGGGACACUGUAACACCAGAAGCAAAAGAUCUCAUUAAUAAGAUGUUGACCAUAAACCCAGCAAAAAGAAUCACUGCUGCCGAAGCACUGAAGCACCCAUGGAUAUCACACCGUUCUACAGUGGCUUCCUGUAUGCACAGACAGGAGACGGUGGACUGCCUGAAGAAGUUCAAUGCCAGGAGGAAGCUAAAGGGGGCUAUUCUAACCACAAUGCUGGCUACGCGGAAUUUCUCUGGAGGCAAGAGUGGCAGCAACAAAAAGAAUGACGGGGUUAAGAAAAGAAAGUCCAGUUCCAGUGUCCAGUUGAUGGAAUCUUCUGAAAGUACAAACACAACUAUUGAAGAUGAAGAUACCAAAGUGAGAAAGCAGGAAAUUAUAAAAGUGACAGAGCAGCUAAUAGAAGCCAUUAGCAACGGGGACUUUGAAUGUUACACUAAGAUGUGUGACCCUGGAAUGACUGCAUUUGAGCCUGAAGCUCUCGGAAACCUGGUAGAAGGCUUAGACUUCCAUCGCUUCUACUUUGAGAAUUUGUGGUCCCGCAGCAAUAAACCUUUGCACACAACCAUCCUGAACCCUCACAUCCAUCUGAUGGGAGAUGAGUCUGCGUGCAUUGCCUAUAUCCGCAUCACCCAGUACCUGGAUACCAGUGAUGUUCCCCGCACUGCCCAAUCAGAGGAAACAUGCAUCUGGCACCGCCGUGAUGGCAAAUGGCAAAAUGUUCACUUCCACCGAUCAGGAGCCCCUUCUGUUCUCCCGCACUGAGACUCCAGCUUUGAUCGUGGACUCUAAUUAUCAACACCAGACAAGGAAGUCCCCACAGUCUUCUGUAUCACUCUCCUAAUCUCUUCCCCGUCCAUAACCCUCUCACUUGCUGGUUCACCCAAGCCUCUCUCUCUUUCUUUUACUUCUGAGGGACCAGGUGACAAUGAAUAGUGUGUGAGUGUACAUAUGUGUGUAUGUGUGUUUGAGUGAAGCCUGUUUGCGGUGACACGUCCUCUGCACAAUCCUGGUCAGCCACAAAUAAAAAGUCAGGGAGGGGGGGGGGGGUUAAGCUCUCUCCUGAAACUCGCAGUGACAUCUGCGCUGAUGCACAAGCAGUUCCGUCCUCUAUUACAACCUUGGCAAUUCUUAAAUCUCCAUUAUGUUUGAAUAAAACUUUGGGAGGCUUCAAAAUAGUAUGUGAAGUACACUUUCAGGGCUGACUGCGGCUGCACAGUUUUGUAGCCCUGAUGACCAUAACCCAUAAACAAUCACAUAAAACUAACAGUACACGUACAGUACUAACAGAAACCAAAAGCACACGUACUAACGGAGGCACCACUGAAUCCUCAGACCACCAAAUUCUGUAGGUGUUGUGAGAGAGAUCAUUGGUCGUCUAUCACUUCUCUAUUUUAUUAGGACUUGUUAUUGUUUUUUUGUUUUGUUUUUUUGUAUUUACUGUAUUUAUAUAGAAUUUUUUUUAACUUUUUAUUUUAUUUUCCUUUUUAAGUCAGAGCUGUCUAAGGUUGCCUUAAAUACCAGAGCAUCCUAUCAAGAGAGACCUGAGUUAGCAGUCCAGGGGAAAAAAAAAAACACAAUAAUAACUACAAUAAACCUAAAAAUAUGUAUUUAUUGCUGUACUCUGGCCUAUACCUUGCUGUGUUACGGGUGUGGUGCCUCCGAGUGCGUCAUCUUUUCAGAGAAUGUAUAUUUAUUUAAGAGCUAAAAAGGGUUGAUAGUAUUUAAGUUGCAAAGCAAUGUUGUGCAAUGAACGGAAAAACAAUAAAAAAAAAAAAGUUCAGCGCAGACUGAUAAUGCAAGCUAUAGUAAUAAUAAAUAUAUAAAUAUUCAUACAUAUAUAUAAAUAUAUACAUAUAUAUUUUGUGGGAUUACAUCCGUGUGUUAAGGAAAAUAUGUAUUUCUAUUUGAGAUCUAUUAUAUGCAUGCUUUUUAUAGAAGUAACACAUUCUUGUAAUAACUUAUUUGCAAUAUAUUAUUUCAAAACGAAAUUUUUAUUUAAUUUAUUUAUUUUUGAAUGGUUGAAAGCAAAUACAGUUUACAAGCAGCAUAUUCCUGUUUUUGAAUCCACCUAUGGGUGGAUGGGAAUACUACUUAUCUUAAGUUAUUAAAAGUUUGUUUAUGGCUUGUACAAUAGAUAUUCUACUGUCGAUUGACAACAAAAUUAUAUAAUUAUAAUUUAUUUUAAUUUUUUUUGCUUAUUCGUAUGCUUAGAGUGUCGUUUCAUUUCUAGUGCGGUGCAGCUUCUGAAUUUAACUCAGUGACUGCUUACUUUAGUUUUAUCCAUAGGAACGCUCUUAGUAAAAAAAAAAUUUUUUCAAAAAAGGCUUCCUCGUGUACAGGGCAUUCGCGUUUACUGUUGCAUGGUGGCUUUUAAAACAGUCAAUGACGAAGUCUACAGAUGAGAUGGUGAAGGCAUGUUUACAAUGUAGAUAAAAUAGUGAUCUGUCCUGUUAGGCUGCUUAUCAAAUAUCUAUAUGAUAAAUGUAGUGGGUACACGUUCUCUUUGAUUUCUAAAAAAAAAAAAAAAAAUCAAAAACACCUAAGAAUGACUGAUUGUACCUGGGUUGUGAUGUGUGUUUAUUUUUCUAGUAAAGAUGUGGAGUGUAAACAUGUCCCGUUUGGAGAUACCCUCUAAACUGCUAAAGGUUGCACUAAGUUUUUGUUCUUGCAACCUACAAAUUGGAACGAAGGAGGUCUUCAAGAAGUCUCUAUUUUGCCGCUAGCAUGAAGAUGUGUUUGAAGAGUACUUUUUUUUUUCAUGAGUUAUUGCCAUGCCCAUGGAAUCCUCAAGGUUUGUUUAAUCUCUCAACAAAAGGUUUAUCGCCUGAGGACUGGAUCUGAAAAGACAUUGGAGACAUCAGUCCAAAGACUUUUGGUUAGCACUUGAUCUUGUCAUACUUGUGUGGUCAGUAAUGGUCCAUGAUGGAGUUACCUUGUCUUGGAGAUAAUCAUCCAUGACUUUUUCUUGAUUGACCAUCAUGCUACAUUACUGAAUGGUAAUUUAUUUUUGCUGUAAAUAAAUCAAUUCGACAGGCCGUGAGAACAUGGCCUGAAAGCAUCCUUGCAGAAAACACCUCUUCAUUCCCAUUUAACGGAGACCAUAAGAGGUCAGUACAGUUUUAGCCUGUUCAUCGGUACAGCCAAACAAGUUUAUGGGCUAGGCUUUCUACGUUUAGUAGACUCAGAUAAAUUGUUGCAUGGCAUUUGUGUUGCUCAUAUCUGGGCUGUGCCAAAUGUCUCCAAAAAGGGCCUUUUUUCCAUUCAUUUAUUGGGGUAAAUUAAGGGAGCAGGGUUAUUUGCAGAAUGUCUUGUCUAUAGUCUUCCGAAAAUUGUACCUGUAAAGAUUAUAAUGUGUAAUACCUCUCCUUUCAGCACCUACCCUCUCACCUGCUACAGAGUCAUGCAUUUCAGGAUAUCAAAAGGAGUAACAGAAGUUUGGGUUACCCUAAUAAUAAGAUAUAAUAACUUUGUAAGGUGUGUUGUGAUCAACAUUGGACCAUCUAUCAUACACAGACAGAUCAUAUUAUCAUUAUAGAGAAAGAAAACCUGGAUACAGAAGGGAAGGGGUCAUUUAUGAUAAUGGAUGCAAAAGAAAAAUAGAUGUAUUGCAUUUAGCAGCCAAUCAGAUGCAAAUGUUGUUUUUUACUGUAGUUUAGAGAAUGAAAAGUGAUUUCUUAUUGGUUGCUAAGUGUAACUCCUCCCUCUUUCCUCUGCAUGCGUUUGCAAACAUGUGUCCCACCAGUUGCCCUCACAAAAGGCAGCGGGGAGUGCAUACAUGACUAAAAUCUCAUUGUCUCCUCAUUUAUUUUUGAAGAAAACAACUACUGUACAUCCUAUUACAAGAGCAUGAACAUGCUGAGAUGUCUGGAUCUGUCUCAUGUUACUUCCCUUAACCAAAAUGCGAGGGGCUCCAAAAAAUUAACUGGCUCUGGCUCCGCUUGGGUGCUGUGCUGUUCUGCUAUCACUAAUUAAUGAAUGUAUUAUCUUGAGUGACCAAACAUUUGUUGCCUUAUCUGCACCUUGGAGAGUUUUCGAGCCAGAUAGUACUAGUUAAUUUUCUGGCCUUUACUGGGCAAAAUUGGGAUUUUCGAAGAAGAAAAUGGGAAAUGUUUUGAUUUAAAAGAACAAACUCUUCCAAAGGUUCCAUCAUCCAUGAUCUCUAAAACUUACAUAUUGCCUUAAUGUGCCACAUCAGUGAGGUAUUUAUACAUCAGUAGUGCCUACUGAAUUGCUAGUCUACGGUCAUUCCCUUGGUGACACCACUAGUUCUUUGUGAAUUGAUAGUCACAGCACUGAGGUCAUGGGUUCGAUUCCUACCAUGGCCCUAACUCUGUGCAGUUUGUAUAUUUUCCCCGUACUUGCGUGGAUUUUCUCCGGGUACUCCGGCUUCCUCCCACAAUCCAAAAAUAUAUACUGAUAAGUUAAUUGACUCCUGAAAAAAAUCAACCCUUGUGUGUGUGUACAUGGGCAGACUAGAUGGCCAAGUGGUUCUUUAUCUGCCAUCAAAAUCUAUGUUUCUACAUUAUCAUUAUAUUAGGGCAUUCCACAUAAUGGAAGCUUACACUAUACUUGUGUAACCACACUUUUUGUGUAUCCCAGUCUUUCUCAAUUUAUUUGAUCUUAACUGGAUGGCCGUGGUGUAACGUACUCCAUAUACAAUAUUUACCCCAUUUCUGCAAAGCAUUUGAUACAUUACGGUGACUCAAUGUGUUGCCCAGCAUUAUUUCAGUAUGAAAUAUGUCUCCUGUAAUGGCGCAGCACUAAGAAUUUAUAUGCAUACACUUUGUGGACAACUUUGUAGGGGGAAGGGACAGAUGGUUUUGGUUUCUAAUAAGGGUCAUUUCCUGAAAAUAGUAGUAAUUAGGGCCACCAGGAGAUCCACACGCCUGUUACUAGGUGGCCUUUGCAUUAGCGGUGGUGCACACUGAGGCAACAUGGCCAUGCAGUCUUCGUGGUUAAGCCGCCCUUGCUGACCAAGGUACUUUUAAUCUGUGUCCCUCUCGGCUACCCUUUUAGUAAUGAGGACUUGCCUCUAAUGUAGACUUGGACAGGUGAAAGUAGCCAUGUUGAUACAGUACACACAUUUUUAUUAAUACCAAACAACAGUGACCCUCUUCCCCAUAUCCUUCAAAGCAGUCAGGGGAUGAGUUUCUCCCAGCAACAGGUCCAUCCUGGCUAAUUCGGGCGAUGUCCAGUAUAAUGAGGCCAUUACUCUACUACCAAUGGUGCUAAAUGGUGUCCAAUACCAUUAGACGUUCCUCAGACUCCGGGUUUGACUGAGUGGCUCCUAAAUUUGUCCCACCUAUUAUGUAACAAACAUUAUACUGACCAUCUGCUGGAUGAAGCCUUUAACAGCAGUCCUGUCUGCGACUUUAUCCUAAUGCCACUACAAAGCCCGUCCCUGUUGUGCACCCGUGUGUGCGAAUGUACCAGGACUGAGACGUCCACUUUAAGCCUCUUUAUAUACUGAAAAACCAUUGAUGGUGCAAUCAAAAGCCCUAUGUUAGGUGCUCAUUCUCCAUCUGGGUAUGUGAGUGAUGAAGUGCUUUGAACGCAAACAUUUCAGCGACAGGCCCAUAUCCCAUAAAACCCUACAGUGCUUUCAAGUGAAAGGCUUGUAUGCCAGGGCGAGGCAAAAAAAACUCCCAGAAUUGAAAGGUUAACAACAAAGGCAUGGUAAAUGGGGAUGUGGUCAGCAUCCUGAAGAUCCGGAGGCCGGCGGUCAAGUCACCAAUGCUGGAAUCCCAACACCACUAAAGGGGUGUUAGCCAUAGCCCCCCCCCUCCCCCGAGUCUUAGCCCUAGCUGCCAACUCCUGGGAUUAGCCGUAGCCGCCACCCCCACUAUCUUAGCCCUAGCGGGUAGGGUAGGGGGCAGGAAAGUGGUAAAUGAAUUACCCUGUCCUCUGUCGGCCUUCUAAACGUCGUGAUGCCACAGUCGGUCAUGUGCUCACUGUCAUUUGUCUGGCUACGUUACCAAGCAGAAAUGUCGUUAUGGGGCGGAAAGCAAUCCUCAUCCGCUUCAUGAGAGGCCUCUACACAGCCAGCAGGGCCAUCUGACAGCUGAGGGCUACAAAAAUCCACCAAGAACCAUUAAUGAACUGAAGUCUGCUAUACGCCAAGAAAUGACCAUAUCAAAUUCAUAUCAACUGUAUUCCAUGGACUUUUAGAUUAUCUACUUAAACAUUUUGAAUAGCAUUUACCAUGGCUUUAAAUCUGGGAGUUUUUUUUUGCCUCACCCUGUAUAAUAAAGACCUAUUCUUACACUGAUGGGACUUUCACAGUUCACCAAAAAUACCCAUCAAUAUCGAGUGAUCAUUCUUUUCCAGACCCAAUUCUGAGAUAUCCUUUGGAAGACGCUGACCCUGUAACAGGUGAGAGGACAAAGCACAACAGUCACAUUAUUUUAGGCACAAAAUGUUUUAAAAGUAACUGCGAAACAGCAAAAAAUAAUAAUAAAAAAAAUCCUUGUUUUAUAUUCAAACCGCGCACCGGUGUAACGUGUGGCAGAAAUAUUUGUUCAGGUUAACGACUGAUUCAUUUUUUUUCUUUCUUAGCCUGUGGCUGUUACACUGGUGAGAUGGUAGUGAUGGUGAAUAACCUGUCACAUCCUUUUCUGGUUGUAUAUUUCUUGAUGUCUGAUUUCAAUAAAUGGCACAAUCUGAAAUAAAGAAA